AUAAUGGGAGAUGGGCCAAAGUUGCAGGUAGUGAGAGAUAACAAACACAUGACAAUGUCUCGAAAUUAAGAGGCACCACCACUCACACACACUCUUCUCUCUCUCUCUACUCUCUACUCUCUAGUACGUUUUGAGUGUUUUUAAAAUAACAAUCAAUACUUUGUUGGAUUUUCAUGUGAAAUUAAACUUGAUGGGUGAUAGGAAACAGAUGCACCCACGUCAUCACCAGUCACCACCACCAUUUCUACGUCUCUCCAUCUUCUUUCAAUUAUCAGUCUCAUCUUCCAAAUCCACACUACUAGCUCUUUUGCUUUUUUUUUUUUUGAACUUAUACUAGCUCUUUUGCUGAAACAAUAAGAUCUACAAUCCCUAUCCAGUCAAAUUAACAAUGGAGCAUGGAGGAAAAUGCAAUGCAAUUGCUACCACAACAAAAAUCUCAACCAAAAUCUUAGAAGCAAAACCACAUACCAACUCUUAUCCGAAAGCCAAACCCGGUUUAGAUCCGACUUUACCUCCAUUCUUGGUCAAGAAAGAAAACCAUAAACCGAGUUCACGUGGUGACCAAGAAACCAAGUACAAGGAGUGCCAGAAGAACCACGCGGUCUCAACCGGAGGACACGUGGUGGACGGAUGCUGCGAGUUCAUGCCUGGAGGAGAAGAGGGCACACUCGGUGCGCUAAAAUGCGCAGCAUGCAGUUGCCACCGGAGUUUUCACCGGAAGGAAGUCUACGAACAUAUAAAUAGUACACAAGAGCUGAUGUCUCCGGCGUUUUACCGCAGUGGUAGCUUGUACAAGGCGAUGAUACAACCACGUGGAUUGUAUCUUCCGAAGAAGAAGAGGAUAAGGACGAAGAUCAAUGAAGAACAAAAGGAAAAGAUGAAGGAAUUUGCAGAGAGGCUAGGGUGGAGGAUCCUGAAGAAAGACGAAGAGGAGAUCAAUAAGUUCUGUAGGUUGGUGAAUCUGAGAAGACAGGUUUUCAAAGUGUGGAUGCAUAAUAACAAGCAAGCAAUGAAGAGGAAUGGUAACGCUUGUAAUCUGCAAAAAUGAAACUAAAUUUUGGGUCUAUAAGUUACUUUUGAAUAUGAAUCCCUGAUUAUUUUAUAGGAUUGUAGAUGCAAAUCUGGACAACAGAAGAGUCUAUUAUGUUUUGAUUUCUUAUGUUUAUGUGCGUUUUUAAUUUUCUUAGUUUAUGACUGCAACGAAUUGAAUAAUUUUGAUACAUUUAAUGGGAUAAACGUUAACAAAUAAUUUUGUAUUAAGACAACACAAAUCAAAUUAGCUGGAAUAGCUCAGUUGGUUAGAGCGUGUGGCUGUUAACCACAAGGUCGGAGGUUCGACCCCUCCUUCUAGCGAUUUUUUAAAUUAGUUUGACUGUUUUGAAAAAAAAUAUAGGCUUAAUCUUCAUUCAUAUUGUAUUGUGGAAGCCCAAACCAGGGACAUCGUACGGUCCGAAUUUAGCGUCGUUAUAUAUUUGGUUCAUACUUGCCAUAGCGAUUUAGUUAAACUGUUAAAGCGUACUCAAAACUGUGGACUUAAUGUUUGGUCAAGAAGUUUAUACAUGUCUUUUCUUGAUUUGUGGUUAUUCCUGGUUGGUUUGAAGAUGGCGAGGAAUAGAGAACCAGAAAGCAACACUUCUUAGCAAAAGACGAACACCAAGAAGAACUUGCGUCGAUCAAAAAUGGUUUUUGCUUCUCUAUUACAAAAUAUUUGUUCUGUUGCAACAUACUGAAAUUGAGUUACAUACAGCAAUCUUAUUACCGAGUCUUCCUAGUGUAUGAUUAUUGCUUCUUUCUUACAAGAUGUUUAGCUUUUGUGUUAUCUCAUCUAUUUUUAACGCAGCAUGCUGUGACUGUGAGACGCACCGACUAUGGCAAUGUUGUAAUCAGUGUUCUGCUCUAUUUGAAAAUGGAAAAAUCUGAUUUUAAAAAGAGCUUUCCCAUCCUUUUAGACACGACCAUGUCUAACUUCAAAAAAGGUUAUAAAACAAGGAGAAUUAAUAUGAUCAGUCAAGUCCAUCUGGAUUUGGAAACAAAUGCUUCCUAUAUUUCUUUGCAGAUGGUUUCUGAGAGGUUUCUUUUGAUCUUGUAAGUUCUGUAAGUUGUUGUAAUCUUCUUUCGAGUCAAAUUUAUAAAGUUGCAACGUUUUUUUCUUGGUUCUAAUAAUAAUAAGUUGUUGGAGGAGACAAAUAAAGUUAGUUUUACACACGACAAGUUAGUCUAAACACUAAAGCCAUUUUCCAUUUCAAUUUGUCUAGACGAUGUAGACGUAUAAUAGUCAGCAUAAAACACAUUUGACCGGCGAUUAAAUAGGUUAAAAUGUAUACACCAUGUAAUACUAAGUCACUAACACAUGCUUUUUAUUAAACUAUACACAUAUUUAAUUUUAUUAGUUGGAGAUCUACACAAAUAUAAAAGUCAACAGAUCUACUAUUUUUCUUUUCAUAUCAUAAAGCAAACUUGGCCUACAUACUUAAAUAAACACAACCACCAAGAGAAAGAUUCAAGAACACACCUAACCAAGAAAAGAAGAAAAACUCAUUAACUUUUUUUCCCCAUCAUACAACCAUGUUUAGAGCCAUGAGCACCAGGAAAGUCCACGGCGGCUACGAAAAGCUCGUGGAAGAUGAACCGAAGUUGAAGCGGGUCACGAGCGUUCCGGCUAGUGUUUAUGGUAAUUCAAGAAACCCGGUUCAAGAGGAGGUGAAGAAGACACCGACGGUGAAACCAACCGGUGGUUCUGUUCAUCCCUUGCUAAGUUUCUUCGACGUACGUUUUCAGAAGAAGAAGAAGAAAACCAAGAAGAGUUUGGCCACGGCGAAACCAGAGUUUGCGAGGUAUAUGGCGUAUGUUAAGGAAGGAGGUGUGUGGGAUCCUAAUUCUAACGCACCGGUGAUUCAUUAUAGAUAGAAUCAUGGAGGAAGAGGAAUAAAGACUUGUAUUUCUUUUAUAUAUAUUAUCUAUUGAAAAAAGAAGAAAAAUAGUUCUUGGUUCUAUUCAAAAGAUGGAUCAAAAGUUCAAAACUAUGAAUUUCUCAUGUUUUAUGAAUUGAUGUAUUAAAAAAGGUUUGUUUAGUACACUUUCAUUGAGUUACUGCCUACACGAAUAAUAUAAAUUCAAGGUUCAUGAGCU